GAAUUGAAUUUGGACCAGCACAGCAACCCAAACCCAAUGACCAGCUCAGUCGUCGUAGCCGACGCCAGUGACAACAACAAGGGUAUCGUGGCCCAGCAGCAACCACCAUGUAUGGCUCGUGAACAAGACCAGUACAUGCCAAUCGCAAACGUCAUAAGAAUCAUGCGUAAAAUCUUACCGUCGCACGCUAAAAUCUCUGACGACGCCAAAGAAACGAUUCAAGAAUGUGUCUCCGAGUACAUAAGCUUCGUGACCGGUGAAGCCAACGAGCGUUGCCAACGUGAGCAACGUAAGACCAUAACUGCUGAAGAUAUCCUUUGGGCUAUGAGCAAGCUUGGGUUCGAUAACUACGUGGAUCCCCUCACCGUGUUUAUUAACCGGUACCGUGAGAUAGAGACCGAUCGUGGGUCGGCACUUAGAGGUGAGCCACCGUCGUUGAGACAGGCCUAUGGAGGAAAUGGUAUUGGGUUUCACGGCCCACCACAUGGCCCAUCUCAUGGCCUACCUCCUCCUGGUCCUUAUGGUUUUGGUAUGUUGGACCAAUCCAUGGUUAUGGGAGGUGGUCGGUACUACCAAAACGGGUCGUCGGGUCAGGAUGAAUCCAGUGCUGGUGGUGGCUCUUCGUCUUCCAUUAACGGAAUGUCGGCUUUUGACCAAUAUGGUCAGUAUAAGUGAAGAUGGAAUAGAAUUACUCUUCAUUU